AUGGCGUGGAGGAGCUGCUCGGUUCUGCUCAGACUCACCGGAGAAGAUGCUCUACGGAGCUCCGCGAGGGGCGGCAGGGUCAGCCUUCAGCAGCGCUGCCUCUUCAGGAAAGUCACGAGGAAACCUGAACAAAAAGGGGAGGAGCAUAACCUGAAAGAGCCCCCCCCGGCUGAGGCUCCUCCCCACCGACGUCCUCCCCCCCCCAGCCGGAGCAGCGACCCCCCCCCCUCUCCGCCAAGAGACUUCGGACUCCUCCUGAAGCCCCUCGUCUUCACCGUGGGGUUUACAGGCUGCUCCUUCGGUGCGGCGGCCAUCUGGCAGUACGAGUCUCUGAAGUUUCGGGUGCAAAGCUACUCCGACCAGGUCCGAGCUGAUUGGCUGGAGAAGCUUCGGCCUCAGAAACGAGGAAACGUCCGCAAAGAGAUCAACCAAUGGUGGAACAGCUUGAGCGAGGGUCAGAGGACGGUGACAGGCAUCAUUGCUGCUAACGCCAUAGUGUUCUGCUGCUGGAGGGUCCCCUCUCUGCAGCGCUCGAUGCUCAAACACUUCACGGCCGACCCCGCCUCCAAGACCCUGUGUGCCCCCAUGCUUCUCUCCACCUUCAGCCACUUCUCCUUCUUCCACCUGGCGGCCAACAUGUACGUCCUGUGGAGUUUCUCCUCCAGCGCCGUGUCCAUGUUGGGCCGAGAGCAGUUCCUCGCCCUCUACCUGUCCGCAGGCGUCGUCUCGUCGUUCUUCAGCUAUUUCUGUAAAACAGCGACCGGGAGGUUCGGCCCGUCUCUUGGAGCC